AUGACAGAAACUAAUCAGUGUAGCACUCAAGACUUGGAAUUCAUCUUAACUGGCUUUGCUGGACUUCACAACAUACAACAUUGGCUUUCCAUUCCUUUCUUUCUUAUGUUUUUAGUUUCAUUAUUGGGAAACCUGAUGGUCCUUUUCAUUAUAACAACUGAGCAAAGUCUCCAUGAACCUAUGUACUACUUUAUUACUGUCUUGUCAACUGUAGAUCUUUUUAUAGCAAUUACUCUUUUGCCACAACUAUUAGCAGUAUUGUCGUUUGGCUCACAAACUUUAUCUGCCAAUGCUUGCAUGGUGCAUAUCUUUUGCCUUUACUUUGCUGUGGUCAUGGAAUCAUCAGUGUUAGCACUAAUGGCUUUUGAUCGCUAUAUUGCAGUAUGCAACCCUUUACGGUACUCAUCAAUAAUAACAAGCACAUUCAUAUUAUGGGGAGUGUUAGCUGUUGCUCUCAGAGCCUUUUGUCUUAUACUUCCACUUCCUCUGCUACUUAAGUCUUUACCAUACCAUAACAAAAAUAUUAUCAACAAUGUUUAUUUUGAGUACAUUGCUGUUUUCAGUGAAUCAUGUACUGUUUCCUCUUGGAAAGAUAUUUAUCUAUACCUUAUAUUUUCCUUAGCAGUGGUCCCUGAUACAAUUAUAAUUUUCUUCUCAUAUUACAUGAUUGGUAGUGUUACUUUAAAGCUGAGAACUAAGGAAGCUCGAAUGAAAGCCUUUAGCACAUUCAGCUCUCAUGCUAUUGUACUUACAUGUUUUUAUAUAACUGGGCCAUUGUCAUUAGUACUGUCUCUUGUUAACAAUGAUAUGCCAGCAUACCUGCGUGCUUUGUUUUCAGUUUUAUACAUUUCUGUUCCACCAACUUUAAACCCUCUGAUAUAUGGGAUUAAAACAAAAGAAAUUUUUAGAUUAAUAUUAAAAGAUUUAAAAAAAUGUAAAAUCGUUUGGUUUAACAAAUGA